CAACAUCGGGAGAAAAGAACAGAAAAGAGAAGAAAGCAUCUGGAGGUAAAGGCCACCGAGUUUGUUGGGUGGUGCAAACAGACAGGAAGAGAGAGGGAGAGAAGAUGACUGUUGUCCGAAGAGCAUCCGCAGAGCUCCCCAAACUUCUUGGCCUUGCAAACAGGUCCCUAAAAUCCUUUGCAUUCCCAGGCAAGUCCCUGCUCGAUUCUUCCACAUCUCCACCUUCCUCUCUCUCCCAUGGGAUCCACGUCUUCCAUUGCCCCGAUGCGGUUGGGAUUGUGGCGAAGCUCUCAGAUUGCAUCGCUUCCAGAGGAGGAAACAUUCUUGGCGCCGAUGUGUUUGUCCCCGAGAAAAAGCGUGUCUUUUAUUCUAGAAGUGAAUUUAUUUUUGACCCUGCCAAAUGGCCAAGACCGCAGAUGGAUGAAGACUUUCUUAAAAUUUCAAAAACAUUCAAUGCUAUGAAAUCCGUUGUUCGUGUGCCGGAACACGACCCUAAAUAUAAGAUUGCCGUUCUUGUUUCGAAGCAGGAACAUUGCCUGAUCGAUUCGUUACAUCAGUGGCAGGAUGGAAGACUUCCGGUAGAUAUAACUUGUGUAAUAAGUAACCACGAUAGAGGUCCAAACACCCAUGUUUUUCGCUUUCUUGAAAGGCAUGGCAUUCCUUAUCACUAUCUUCGAACAGCCAACAAUAAUAAAAGAGAAGGAGAGAUAUUGGAGUUGGUUCAGAAUACUGAUUUUUUAGUGCUUGCGAGGUACAUGCAGAUACUAUCUGGUAAUUUUUUGAAGAACUAUGGAAAGGAUAUAAUCAACAUACAUCAUGGCCUUUUGCCGUCAUUCAAGGGUGGAAAUCCAUCAAAACAGGCUUUUGAUACUGGUGUGAAACUAAUUGGCGCAACGAGUCAUUUUGUGACUGAAGAACUUGACUGUGGGCCUAUAAUAGAACAGAUGGUUGAGAGAGUUUCACACAGAGAUAACUUGCAGAGUUUUGUGCUGAAAUCAGAGAACCUCGAGAAACAAUGCCUUUCAAAGGCCAUAAAAUCAUACUGCGAGUUGCGGGUGUUACCAUACCAGGAAAACAAGACUGUUGUAUUUUGAGGGGACAAAGGGCAUAAAUCAGUUGAUAGGUGGAUAAUUUCCAUACUCUUAUUCUUGCUAAUAAGUCUAAAACUUGUCAUUUCCAAUGCUCUUUAUCCUCCCUUGUUCUUGCUAAUAAUUUUAACUUCCUGUCUCCAAUAAUUAAUGUAACUUUUUAUUUGGUG